CGUGAAAUUGUGAAUGUGAUUGUUGUUUAAUUCAAUCAGACUUUUGGUGAUGUUAUUUAUGCCUUUAGGGUUAUUAAUUUAUUUUGAAUAUUGAAAGACUGAAUUUCUGCAACGUAAAAUUUUACUUAUCUUAUUCUAAAAGUUUGUUAGAGUUUGCAUUAAGAUGGCCAGAAAUGCGGAAAAAGCCAUGACUACAUUAGCCCGUUGGCGAGCAGCACAGGUCCAAGAGGCUGGAGGUCAACGUGAAAGAAGACCAUUUCUUGCAUCAGAAUGUAACGAUCUGCAGCAAGCUGAGAAAUGGAGGUUGCAAAUUGUCAGAGAAAUAGCUAAAAAAGUUGCACAGAUACAGAACGCCGGUCUAGGCGAAUUCCGCAUAAGAGAUCUGAACGACGAAAUUAAUAAAUUGAUGCGUGAGAAACGUCACUGGGAGGUGCAGAUAAAAAGCUUGGGAGGACCGGACCAUGCUCGCGUUGGGCCUAGAAUGUUGGACCAGGAUGGGAAAGAGGUUCCUGGGAAUAGAGGAUACAAAUACUUUGGGGCUGCCAAGGACCUUCCAGGUGUUCGGGAGUUGUUCGAACAGGAGCCGCCGCCGCCGCCGCGUCGCACCCGCGCCGACCUCAUGCGGGACGUGGACGCCGACUACUACGGCUACCGGGACGAUGACGACGGACUGCUGAUGCCCCUGGAGCAGGAAGCUGAGAGAGACGCUAUUGCUCGAGCAGUCGACGAGUGGAAGCGAAAUAAAGAAGACGAUCUACACGAAGAUGUACCUGAAGAAGAAAACAUCUAUCCAGAAGACCCGGAUGACAAGAGGAUAGAUGAUGACAGCGACACAGAGAAAGUGUCCCACGUGGCGGUGCCCUCGCAAAGAGACAUAGAGGAGGCACUCCUGAGGAAGAAGAAACAGGAGCUGUUGGAGAAGUACGGCUGUCUCGACGUCAAGAUGGAAGAUAGCUGACCAUUGUAGUUUAAUUAGGCGAUAGGAAUAAAUUAAUUUUUUAAAA